UGGCGGUAUUAUGAGAUGCGAUAUAAUCGCACAAGGUAUUAUUGCUGCAUCCAAAGAAUUACAAAUAAAAGUGCCAAUAGUUGUAAGACUGCAGUAAAUAUCAAGAAAGGUGGGGACAUGAAGGCGCAAGUUACGUUUCGCAGUCCACUGCCACUAUUUAGUAAGAUGGCUACUAUGUUGUCUCGGACUAUCUCACUCGUUGAAAAUCUUACCCGAUUUAAUGGAUCGAAGAUAUUGGGAUGCAAAAUCAACUUAAUAAAACAAGUGAGGAAUUUAAAUGUUCAUGAACAUAUAAGUUAUAGUUUAUUAAAUGAAGCUGGAGUUCCAACUCCUAAAUUUGGAGUUGCAAAAACUCCAGAUGAAGCAGCAAAACUUGCUGCUGACUUAAAAUCUAAAGAUAUUGUUUUGAAAGCACAAGUUUUAGCUGGUGGCAGAGGAAAAGGACAUUUUAAGGAAACUAAUAUAAGUGGUGUGAAAAUGUGUGAAACACCAGAAGAAGCCAAAAAAUUAGCCAGUCAAAUGUUAGGAAAAUUACUAAUUACUAAACAGACAGGCGAAGCAGGUAGAAUAUGCAAUGCAGUAAUGGUAACACAACGCAUGUUUCCUCGUAAAGAAUAUUAUCUUGCUGUCAUGAUGGAAAGAGCUUUUGGUGGUCCAGUCAUUAUAGCAUCAAGUCAAGGUGGUGUAAAUAUUGAGGAAGUUGCUGCAACAAAUCCCAAUGCUAUUAUGUACGAACCUAUUGAUAUUUACAAGGGUAUUACAAAAGAUCAAGCAGAACGUAUUGCUAUUAAACUUGGACUUCAAAAUGUUAAAGAUUAUAUUUCUAAUAUCAUUGUGAAUUUAUAUCAAAUGUUUCUUAAAAAAGAUGCUCUUUUGCUAGAAGUAAAUCCUCUGGCAGAAGAUGUUAAUGGAGAAUAUUUUGCUUUGGACUGCAAAUGCAGAUUUGAUGAUAAUGCUGAAUUUAGGCAAAAAGAAUUAUUUUCCUUGAGAGAUUGGACUCAAGAAGAUACCAAAGAAGUUGAAGCUGCUAAAUAUGAUUUAAAUUAUAUUGCACUUGAUGGCAAUAUUGGUUGUAUGGUAAAUGGAGCUGGUUUAGCCAUGGCUACUAUGGAUAUUAUAAAAUUACAUGGAGGAGAACCAGCUAAUUUCUUAGAUGUAGGUGGUGGUGCAUCUACAUCUGCUGUGAAAGAAGCAUUUAAAAUAAUUACAUCUGAUUCACGAGUUCACGCUCUUUUAGUCAAUAUAUUUGGUGGAAUUAUGAGAUGUGAUGUUAUUGCAGAAGGAAUCAUUGCUGCAACAAAAGAACUUAGCUUAAAAAUUCCUGUUGUUGUUCGAUUACAGGGUACAAAUGUAGAUGAAGCAAAAGCUCUUAUCGCGAAUGCAGGUUUAAAAAUUGUACCAAUUGAUGAUUUGGAUGAAGCUGCUCGAGUCGCAGUUAAAUUAUCAACGAUUGUCAAAUUAGCACAAUCUGAAAAUCUUAGCGUUAAUUUUGAAAUACCUUCAAUUUCAUAAAUUUAGUAAAAAUUAUAAUUUGCAUAUUAUGAAAAAAAUACGAGAAUAUAUUUAUAUUACUAAAUAUUUGAAAAUAAUAACUAGAUUAAUAAUUU